AUGGCAGGCGAAAUCCAGUUCUCUGCCGUCCUCGGUCUCCAAAACGAAAAACGACUCGACAGACGGCAUUAUCGCGAGGUCAUCUGUCUUCCCCCUCCCUGCAGUGCAACAUGUAACUAUGCGGGCGAGAAUACCCCGUACUAUUGCCUGGAGGGAUUGGACGAAAAGCGCAGAGCCUGCCGGGCUAAAGGCCAAGCCGUCGCAUCGUCUGCCGGCCAGCUCGUGUCCAAGGCACGACUCGCAAGUGGCGUGAAAUGGACGAAUGGGUGGCCGACACACACCACGCUGGCACCACAGGCUAUUGAUGCAGCUCUCGUCGCUCUUAUCGAGCCAACUGGAUAUUCACCUGGGUAA